AGCGUGAAAGGCAAUGAACACAAGCAUUUCCUUUUACUGCAACGAAGGGAACAGCAAAGCUCAUUCAUCUUCGGACACAACUAAAGCUCAUCUUCAGCCGAGCCGCACGAUCAGUCGUCCUCUAUGUCGACAGUUCUAAUUAUAUAUUGUGCAGUUAUCUAUUUACUACUCCAGAUUUUCUUGUUUCAGAUUUCAAUGGCAACUCCAGAUCCCACCGAAGAAACCUUUUUCCUAUGCCUUUCUACCCAUUCUUUACUCGACCCACCAAUCUCUCAAGUCACCUAUUUUCCCAGCAAUCCUCAGUAUACUUCUGUGUUGCAAUCAUACAUAAGAAACCUUAGAUUUGCAUCCUCUGCAACCCCAAAGCCUCUGUUCAUUGUAACCCCUACCCAUGUUUCUCAUAUCCAAGCUUCGAUUAUCUGCUGCAGAAUUCAUGGCUUGGAGAUGAGAAUUCGUAGUGGAGGCCAUGAUUAUGAUGGUCUUUCUUAUAUAUCAAGCGUUCCGUUUAUCAUUCUUGACAUGUUCAAUCUGCGAUCUGUAAGUGUGGAUGUAGAAGACGAAAGUGCUUGGGUGGAAUCAGGUGCUACUCUCGGCGAAGUUUAUUAUUGGAUUGCUAAACAGAGCAUGAUUCAUGGAUACCCAGCUGGGGUUUGUCCGACGGUUGGUGUUGGAGGGCAUUUAAGUGGAGGUGGAUAUGGAAACAUGAUGAGGAAGCAUGGGUUGUCUGUUGAUAAUGUUUUGGAUGCAAUAAUAGUUGAUGCUAAUGGAAGAGUUCUGGACAGAGAAUCAAUGGGAGAAGAUCUCUUCUGGGCUAUUAGAGGAGGAGGUGGAGCUAGCUUCGGAGUCAUAGUUUCCUGGAAAAUUAAGCUAGUUCAGGUUCCUGAAAUUGUUACUGUUUUUAGAGUUGAAAAAACAUUGGAACAAGGUGCAUCAGACAUUGUUUAUCAAUGGCAAAAUGUUGCUGACAAGAUUGAUGAUGAUCUCUUUAUAAGAGUGGUUAUAAUGCCUGUUAUUAAGAAGGAUCGGGAAACAAUCAAGGCUAAAUUCAAUGCCCUGUUUCUUGGCAAUGCAGAGAGACUUGUUGCUUUGAUGGAUGAACAGUUUCCUGAAUUGGGUUUAACAGCAAAGAACUGUGAAGAAAUGAGCUGGAUUGAAUCAGUGUUGUUUUGGUCUAAUUAUCCAAAUGGGACUUCUGCAGAUGUGUUGCUUGAGAGAAAUCCUCAAUCAGAAAAGUACUUGAAGAGGAAAUCAGAUUAUGUACAAAAGCCCAUAUCAAAGCCAGAUCUAGAAUCAAUCUGGAAGAAGAUUAUGGAACUAAAGAAAAUCACAUUUACAUUUAAUCCAUAUGGGGGAAAAAUGAGUGGAAUUCCAGAAUCAGAAACUCCAUUUCCCCACAGAGCAGGGAACGCAUACAAAAUCCAAUAUGCAGUGAGUUGGAAAGAUGAAAGUAUUGAAACAGAGAAUUACAAUUUGGAAAUGAUAAGGAAGCUUUAUGAUUAUAUGACACCAUUUGUUUCAAAAACUCCAAGAUGUUCAUAUCUAAAUUACAGAGAUGUUGAUUUGGGAGUGAAUGAAGUUGGGAAUGAAAGCUAUGAAGAAGCAAGCCAAUGGGGGAUCAAGUACUUCAAAGGCAAUUUCGACAGGUUGGUGGAAGUAAAAAGCAGGGUGGAUCCAGGUAAUUUCUUUAGAUAUGAACAAAGCAUCCCUUCCCUUGAAGCAUCUUGGAAGAGUAGUGUGGAAGAGUAGUGUGUUGCCUUGUAGACAAAAAUUUUAUUAUACGACCGUAGAAUUUAAAAUUAUUGAUUAUUGUGGAUCCCACGUGGGUCCCCCCUAUUUAUGUGUGUGAAAUAAAUUCAUUUUUUUUUAAGAUA